AUGAAGAGUUAUUUGGUAGAAGAUGAAGUUCGUAUUGAGGAGUUUACUAAACUGGUUACAUAUUCAGUGGACUUUAAUGAGGAUGACUGCAAUGCUAAGUGUUCAUGUGGGCUAUUUCAAAUGAAAGGGAUAUUGUGUAGGCAUAUUUUGGCCGUAUUUAAAUCUAACGGUAUAAAAUCAUUCCCAGACCAGUACAUUCUAGACUGGUGGAGGAAGGACAUCAAGAGGAGAUACACGUUAAUCCGCAGUAGCUAUGACGCAAGGGAUCAGAGGCCAAAUGGUAAUAGACAUUCAAUUCUGUUGAAUAUGUGUUAUGGGAUGAUAACUUAUGCGGCAGAUUCUAAUGAGCAAUUUGAAGAUGCAAAGAAGAGGAUACAUAAAAUGACUGAGAGUUAUCGCAACCAGACACGCAACUUAUCUUUGACCCAAACAGGUUCAAAUACUGGUUUUAUGAUAGAGGACACAAUUGCAGUUGGUAGUUUACAACAAGUCAAGAGUCCACUUGUUGUCAAAGGGAAAGGAAUACCCCCAUCUCUAAGGAGAGCAUCUAGGAUGGAGACAGAGUUGCAGAAGGUUAAAGCCAAAAAGAAGAAAGCACAAACAGCUCAGCUUUUGACAGUAGUAGAACUCAGCACCGAGAAACAGUGGUUGGUAGCCAAGAAAGUGUAA